GUCGCCUCGCCCCCCACUCCCACGUCUCUGUCCCUCUCCCUGCCCUCCCCCGUCUUCCCAACCACCACCCACCCGUUCUUUUCCAGCCAAACCAACGCACGCACACGGCACACCCUCCUUCUGGCAGCAGAGCGGCAGCCAAUGGCCAUCGAGACGGACGCGGCGGCGGCGAGGGCGAGGGCGUCGGGCUCGGUUUCAGAUACGGCGCCCAUGUCCCCGGCCGCCGAGGCGGCAGCGGCUGCGGCGGCCCCGGGCCCGGCGCGCCCGCGCGGGUGGCUGAGGAAGCUCAUCCCCACGGACUACCUGCCCCGGAGCAGCCGGCGCUGGAGGCUGGCCGCCCCGUCCGCCGCCGGCGCGUCCAGGCUCGCCUCGUCGCUCUCCCGCUCCCUCAGGUGGAAGCGCCUCCCGGGGCUCUCCUCCCUCACCCUGCGCAGCGGCUCCGCGGCGGCGGCAGUGGACGCCGUCGCGUUCCGCGUCAUGUACGUCGUCGAGGCCGUCGUGCUGGGCCUCGCGCUCUCCUGCUUCUUCCUCUGCUGCGGCUGCCACCUCUAAGCUCCCACCCCCUGCUUUUCUUCCCCUAGCUCUUCACUACUCUGGUCGUCUCCGGCUCGCGGCUCGGCCUCCGCCUCGGCGUGUAACAAAAAUGCCCAUCGUGUUGGUUUUUUUUCUUUCGAUGAUCUCCCUGUCUGUAAAUUUCCUACCUUUUGCUUUCGGUAGGUAAAAAAGAACACGAAAACUUGCGAUGCCUAUAGUUCAAUUUGCGUUUUGUUGGAUGCUGUGAACGCACGAAAUUGCGAUCUCGGAUACUGGGACCCACUGAGUUCUUGUUUGUUCAUGCAAAUUGCUGCCGCUGUGGCGCUGUCCCGUUAAAAAACCAAUACCGGAGGACCUGGUCGCCGCCGGCGCGAGCCUCGCUACGCGCCGUGGCCGCAGCAUCCGACGUGGUGUUCACCAUGGUCGGUAACCCCGGCGACGUCCGUGCGGUGGUCCUGGAGCACGGUAUGCCGAUAUGGUGCCCUCGCGGGCCUCGCCAUCGAAGCGCCGACAUCCGGGGGCGACGUCGGCGCCCAGGACGGCACGCUCUUCGCCCAUGCGGCGACGAGGCCGUAGUCGCUUGGCUCGAGCCGCUCUUCACCUUCCUCGGCAGGGCGACCCGCAUGGGGCAGCUGGCAGAGCAGCAAGAUCGCCAUCCAGAUCGCGGUGGGCCUCGGCGAGUUCGUGGUCUUCGCCCACCUGGCGGGGCUCAACGCGCCGCUGUUCCUCCUCGCGGUGUCCAAGAGCGCGGCUGGAUCGCGCGUCACGACUUCUUCGGCAACUGAUUGCUCCGCCGCGAGUUCACGUCAGAGGUGGGUGGCAGCGUGCCGUACAUCGUCAAAGACCUCGGCAUGGCGCUCGAGGUCGGGGACGGCGGGGAGGAGUCCAACGUGCUGCCUGGAGCGGCGCUGUACCGGCAGAUGUUCUCGGCGAUGGUGGCCAAUGGCGACGGCGACUUGAGCUUGUAGGGACUGAUCACCGCCGUUGAGCGCCUGAACGGCAUUGGCGAGUAGAGCGCAGGGCUGGUCUCCAAAAUGCAGCACUGGACUUGAAAACUUGUGUAUUUUUUCUGAAUAAAAUUUGGGGCCAUGUCAAUUUGUC